CUGUGGUAAUACUGCCGAGUGGCGUUGUUGGCGGAAUUCAUUCGAUCUGGGGCGGAACGUUUGCAAUUGAGCUCACAAAUACAAACUGCCAACAAUCAAAAAGCAAGAAUCAUCAGACUAAAAGAAUACCAUCUUUACAAGCACCACAAUGAAGUUUUCCGCCACUACCCUCGCCACAUUCGCUACAGUUGCUGCCUUGAGCAGUUCAACCAAUGCCUUCUCGGUUGGUCCAAAGGCCAGCCCACGUUUCGAUCCUUUCCAGCUUCGAACACAAACUGGAAAUCCCAAGCAUGCGCGUUCUCCUCUGGGACCGCUUUUGGCCACCCCGGAGGCAUCUGCUGCCGAUGCCGUUGAUGACGAGGUACAUAGACUCAAAGCCAUGGCGGCCAAGCUGCGCCAAGAAGCCGCCGAACUGGAGGCACAACAAGCCACAGAACGAGCAAGUGCCAUCGAAAAGGCGUUUGACAGAUUCGACACGGACAAGGACGGAGAAUUGAGUGUGGACGAACUCAAGGCGGCCUUGGAAAAGACUUUCAAGCUGGAACUUGAGGAAGAACGAGUUCAGCGCCUCAUGGAUGACUUCGACACUUCCGGUGACGGUGCUUUGCAAAAGGAUGAGUUUGUCGGUAUCGAACAAUUCCGCAAUCGGCUCGAAGCCUUGGCAUCGGAGGAGCGACGCAAGGCCCUAGAGGCAACCAAGGCUGCCCAACAAGAAGCUGAAACGGCCAAGCUCAUGGAGUCCACCAUGGAACUGAUCAACGACAAGCAGCCAACAAACGUGGACAGGGCUGUGUCUGUGCUUCCCUAUCUAUUCCCCUUGAUGGAUGGUCUCUUGUUUGGACAAUACCUCUUGGCGGGGAACGAAAGCAACCCAGUUGUGGCGACGUUGGCCAUUAUCUACACACUCUACCGAAGCGUCCCCUUCAGUGGCUUCUUGGCGUUUUUUGCCCUGAGUGCCUUUUCGGGCAAUCUCUCCAUCAAUCGUCUGGUGCGAUUCAAUAUGCAACAGGCCAUCUUUUUGGAUGUCGCCCUGUUCGUCCCUGGACUGAUUGCAGCUUUGACCAGCGGUGCCACACAAGCAUUGGGUUUGAACAUUCCUCCCAUGGUGGGAGAACUCAGCAGUGAUGCACUCUUUGUCGGAUUGGUGGCCAUUUUGGGCUACUCUGCCGUGAGCUCGCUCCUGGGUGUCACCCCGGACAAGGUCCCUUUCGUCUCGCAAGCUGUCAAUGAUCGUUUGCCUUCCGCAGACAUGAUUGAGUUCAUUGACCCGACCACCGGUGAACCUAUCUUCAAGAAGACGGAGCAAGACAACAAGGAUGACGAGAAAAAAGACUAAAGAGAUGUGAAAAAGGAAUGAAGCGGAACAAGAUUGAACAAAAGAAUGCUUGUUCCAAACAUGACACACUGUACAUACAACGAGUAGAAGAAAGAAGCAGAUGUAGAUAGGAAACAGACGAUGUAGAUAAAUUGAAAGGAAAUAGACAAAAUUGCAAGAGAAGACACCUUCUAUUUUUUAAAAGCACUACUAGGAUCCAAGCCAUGAACCCAGCCAGAC